AUGCCUCAAUUCAAUGCUUUCGCCCUUGAUGACUUUGUAUUCGAGUGGGGUCCGAAAGUCACUACAGGACUAUGGGACUCUUGCGUUGAGCCGUUCGCCCUCUCUGAGCUCCAGGCGCUUGAUCCAGAGACCUCAGUCCUCUCACAAGAGACACAGCUACGAUAUGGCUUCAGAUGGGGUCUGCCAAAGCUCAGAGACAGCGUCAGAGGGUUGUAUAACUUUCCAGACCUGACUGCCGACGACAUCGUGAUCACCUCUGGAUGCAUCUCGGCAAACUACCUGCUGCUGGACACCAUAGUCAAUACUGGCGACCACGUAAUCGUACAGCACCCAACGUAUGGACAGCUCAUCGAGGUGCCACGCCGUGCUGGAGCCCAAGUCUCACUCUGGAAAUGGCAGUGGAAGAUGGAGGGAGGAGAAGCGUCUUGGUCCAUGGAUUUUGAUCAGCUUGAGAAGAUGAUCCAGCCAAAUACGACUUUGAUCGUGCUGAGCAGUCCCAGCAAUCCAACUGGAUCUGUCCUCAGUAGAGAAGACCUGCAGCGCAUAGUGGACAUGGCCAGAGCUAGGGACCUCAUUGUGAUGUGCGAUGAGGUUUUCCGCUUCAUGCAUCAUGGUCCAGAUGCAGAAGCUCCGCCAUCUCUACUCGAGCUUGGAUAUGAGAAGAGCAUUGUCACUGGCAGUCUCUCCAAAGGGUUCGCUCUGCCAGGAAUCCGCCUCGGAUGGAUUGCUACUCAUCCUUCUCUUCGGCAAACCAUCCUAUACUCUGCCCAACACUCGAGAGACUAUACGACCAUCGCCGUCAGUCAGGUCGAUCAACAAGUAGCCAUGUUCGCACUUUCGCCCAAGGUUAGACCGCAAAUCCUGAAUCGCACUCGAGAGAUCACGCAGAGAAACAUCCAAAUGCUAGAUAAAUGGGUCAAUGAGAAUGCAUGGGUAACAUAUGCCAAACCGAUCGGAGGUGGAACAGCAGUCCUACGCAUCACCGGUGAUGAUGGAAAACCAAUUGAUGAUCUCGCAUUUGCAGUGGCUCUGGCGAAGGAAGAGAAAGUGUGCGUUCCACCAGCUGGUUUCUGUUUCGGCCAUGAAGCGGAUGGCUCUGGGACUACCGAUCUGAAAGGCUUCCUGAGGUGUGGUAUUGUGAUGGGAGGAGAUACUCUUGAGCGAGGACUUGCUGCUAUUAAGAGGUUGAGGCAGAGAUAG